UCGAGAAAUCUUCUUACCGGCUCCUUCCACUAAGACGGGGAACACUGUCUUCUCCUGGGAAACUCAUUACAACUAAAAGCUUCAAGGUUGUCUCCUGCACCCUGACAUAUUAUUCUGACCAUGGUAGCCCCGCGCCCUAGAGAUCUAAGACGGUUGCUAGCCCAGGCGUACCCUUGGGUUAAGGAGCCGUUCAUUGUUGGCGCCCCGAUGCGUGUGAUGUCUGGGCCAAGCCUCGCCGUCGCAGUAUCCUCAGCGGGCGGCCUUGGAUUUAUCGGUCCAACGAUGAAGGCGGAGGAUCUGUUUUCCGACCUGGAGAAGGCUGGUGGAUUAAUCCGAUUAUCCCCGCUCGCUUCCGCUCCCGGACGUUCAACUGCGGCCCUUCUCCCUAUUGGGGUCGGCUUUCAGACGUGGAACGGCGAUCUUAAGGUCGCCUUAUCCGCAGUCCAGGAGCACCGGCCUUGUGCUGUGUGGCUGUUCGCCCCCCGUCACGGCCAGAGCGAAUUGGAUGAGUGGACUACUGGCGUCCGCGAGGCAUCUCCUGAGACCCAGAUUUGGAUCCAAGUCGGCACUCUCGGCGAGGCCAUUGACGCCGUCCGUAGCUCAACACCUCCAGAUGUGCUCGUUAUCCAGGGUGCCGAAGCAGGUGGCCAUGGUCGGGCCAAGGAUGGUCUGGGUACCAUGGCACUUUUCCCAGAGAUCGCCGACGCCACAAGCGAGUCCGGAAUCCCUCUGAUUGCCGCGGGAGGUAUCGUCGACGGCCGUGGUGUCGCUGCGGCCCUGAGUCUGGGAGCUGCGGGUGUCGCAAUGGGGACACGCAUGCUCGCUGCGACCGAGACGCGUAUCAGCAAGGGAUACCAGAACGAGGUUAUUCGCGCAACCGACGGCGCUACGUCUACAGUUCGCACACAGCUAUAUAACCAUUUACGGGGCACGUUCGGGUGGCCGGAGCAAUUCUCACCCCGUGGACUGAUCAACAGAAGCUGGGUCGAUCACCAAAAUGGUAUCCCAUUCGAUGAGCUGAAGCGACUGCACGAUGAGGCGGUAAAGUCCGGUGAUGCCGGAUGGGGUCCAGAGGGGAGAUUGGCGACGUACGCCGGGGCUGCAGUAGGACUGGUACAUAGUGUAGAUGAUGCCGGUGCGAUUAUUGAAAGCGUGAGAGACGAGGCGAAGGACAUUAUUUCAUCGCUUGCUAAUGAUCUUUAAAAGCACUUGGAUUAUGGUUACAAAGUUAGACAAUACCAGUGUAACUCAUUUGAGA